GACGGAUUUACAAAGAAAAACAUUUUAGAGUGAAGGAAAAAAAAAAAAGAGUGAGAGAAAAAAAAAAGAUAAGAGUUCUAUGGAUACACAAAGGUUGCCGAAGAAAGAAGAAGAAGAUCUUCUACCUUCUUUAACCUUCGAGUCUGUUAAUGCUCUCUCUCAAGACCAUUCUAUAGAUGAUUUCGACAGCAUAUUCGACAUCACCAUUGACAGUUUAAGCUGCUCUCACGAACUCAAAUGGGAUUUUUGGGGAGAAGACGAAGAUGAAGAUAUAGGUGAAGAAGAAAAAAGUUUGAGUACUGAUCAAGAAGGCUCAAGUUUCAGGUUUUGGGACAAUAAGCCUACGGAUUAUGAAGACAAAGAGUUGGGUCUGAAGCUGAAUCUGAACCAUCAAGAAGUUAUCGAUGCUUGGUCUGAUCACCAGAAACCUCUGUGGACAGAUACUUCAUCUCCAGCCAAUUCCUUUUAUAGGGGAGAAGUUCCAGUGAUAGAGGAAGAGAGAAACAUGAAAAGAGAAGCAAGUGUGUUAAGAUACAAAGAGAAAAGACAGAGUAGACUCUUCUCUAAGAAGAUAAGGUAUCAAGUCCGAAAACUCAACGCUGAUAAACGACCUCGUUUUAAGGUCUCUUUCUUAUUCUUUCUUCCUCCUACACUCUUUCAUUUCAAGUCUUAACCUGUUAACCAUAACUCAUUUUAAGUAUACAGUAUUUAUUUAGUUUUCAGUCAUGCUCUAACUAAUUUUGUGCUAGGGAAGCCUAACUUAAUAUUUUUUGUUCUGACGAAAUUUCCCUGGAAAUCUUUUGAAU